AUGCAGCCACGGAUAGAAUUCGAUCUCUCUUUGCUUCUUCUGCUUCUGCUUCUGCUUCUGCUUCUGCUGCUUCUCGCCCUCUUACGUCAACCGGCCAACCGUGGAUCGAGACUUCGCCUUCGCCUGGCGCUCAACCACGGUUCGUCUGCGUCCACCAAACCGGCCGCCGACGCUGUCUCUUUCUCGUCUUCAUCCCUUGACUUCUGCUCCUCUCUUCCUCCUCUUCGUCUGCCUCUUCGUCCGCCUCUUCUCGACUGCAGAUUCUCAGUGGCAGCAUCGUCUCCCUCUGUCUUCUCUCAUUCUGUCUCUCUGUCUGGCCGGCUCGACCUCGCCGUCGCUGUCCGCUCAGCGCCUCCGUGGCCAGCGCCGCCCUUCUUCCCCGUACGUACCGCCCGCCUGUUCCUGAACCCUCGACCCGUCUUCCGCCUGAGCCUUGUUCGUCUUCUCUUGUUCUUCUCUUCUUCUCUUCUUCUGUUCUUCUCUUCUUCUCUCCUGUUCCUGUGGUUUGCUCUGGUUGCGUCUUUGGUGGCGACCGCUCCCUUAUAA